UUGCGAAGGUGAUUCACUGGCUAUAGAUUUGAGGGCCAGGUAAAUCUUAGUCGAUGUGGCACCUGGACUUUGACAGUUGUCAUAGAAGAGGAGGCAUUCUUGGGCCAGGUCCCUGGAGGAAGAUAAAACAACUACACAACUGACUUAACACCCAGGAGAAAUCCAGUGGGUCAGAGAUGGAACCUUGGGUUCCCCAGGGGCCACCUCAGCCACAGGGGAAGUCCACAGCACCCUCAAAGGAUUCAGACCGGGGACUUCGAAGAGAUGAAUAUAAUCGACCAAUUCCUUACUCUCCACACAAUGGAAAGAGGUUCUAUCAGUGGCAAGACCUGAGAGGGAGCCCCCAGCCACAGCAGGACCCCAGGGCAGACCCCCAGCAGUAUCAGCAUCCAUACAGGCCUGAGGAAUGGCACCAACCUGUGCGUGGCAUUGACUAUUAUGAAGGUGGCUAUCCCAGAUAUUCAAGGCCAGGCUAUGAGAUUCCAUACCAAGGCUAUCGUUCUCCAGCCCUAAGGGAAGACUAUGCUUAUGGAAGUUACUACUAUCAUGGACACCCACAGGAGCUACCAGAAGAAAGAGUUCCAAGGCCAGGGAGUCCUUAUACCUGGCAUGAGGAUUACCAGGAGCAAAAGUCCCUCAGUGAACAUCCUCAUGAAAGUCAGAAUCGUGCAUUUGGAACAAAUAAUGAGAGCCAAUUCCAAUAUAACAGUCGGGACCCUUACAGAGACAGUCCUGCUUCCAACUCUGGACAGGAGAGGCCAGGGGAGGUAUUUCCAGAGAGUCUGCCGCCUGGGGCCCAGAAGAAUAAGCCAUCGUUGGCCAGCAAGUCCAACCUUCUCCAGCAGCACGAGUCUGGUCUCAGUUCCAGUGGCUAUGAGCUCAGUCAGUACAUGAAGGAGGCUUCGGAACACCAUGAUCCUAUGGCUUCAGCAGCUUGGAGUCCAGUGCAGGCUGAAGAUGCCUCAGCCGCUGCUCCCAAGGCCCCCAUGAAAUUCUACGUUCCUCACGUGCCGGUGUGUUUUGGACCUGGAGGUCAGCUGGUGUGUGUGGGCCUCCGGUCUGCCACUCAUGGGCAAAUGACCCUUGUUGAGCUGCACAGCAUGGAGGUUAUUCUUGGUGACUCUGAGGAGCAAGAGGAGCUGAGAGCGUUCUCCGGACCCUUGAUCAGGGAAGAUAUACACAAGGUCGAUAUCAUGGCGUUUUGUCAGAAGAAAGCAGCUCAGAGCCACAAAUCUGAGGGCCCGAGGAGCCGAGACUCUGCUUUACUGUGGCAGCUGUUGGUUCUCCUUUGUCGACAGAAUGGGUCCAUGGUGGGGUCUGACAUUGCUGAGCUGCUCAUGCAAGACUGCAAGAAGCUGGAGAAGUUCAAGAGGCAGCCCCCCGUGGCCAACCUGAUCAACUUGACGGAUGAGGACUGGCCGGUGCCCAGCGCAGGGACCCCAAACCUGCUCACCGGGGAAAUCCCCCCAAGUGUGGAGACACCUGCGCAGAUUGUGGAGAAAUUCACAAAACUGCUCUACUAUGGGAGAAAGAAGGAAGCCUUGGAAUGGGCCAUGAAGAACCAUUUGUGGGGCCAUGCCUUUUUCCUGUCCAGCAAGAUGGACCCACGGACCUAUAGCUGGGUCAUGAGUAGGGCUUUUGUGUUUUACAAGGGAACUCCAAAUCAGCGGAGGAAGGGCGGAAUGGCAGGAAGUGGACACAGCAUCCUUUGCUGCGGGCUGCGGUUCCUGGGACCCCAUUGUUGUGGGGACAAGCAGUGGGGAGACUGGAGGCCUCACUUGGCUGUGAUUCUGUCGAAUCAGGCGGGGGAUUCCGAGCUGCAUCAGCGUGCCAUUAUCACCAUGGGCGAUACCCUGGCCGGGAAGGGCCUGGUGGAGGCCGCGCACUUCUGCUACCUGACAGCUCACACGCCCUUCGGCUACUACACGGUGAAGACGGACCGUUUGGCCCUGCUGGGCAGCAGUCACAGCCAAGACUUUGUAAAGUUUGCCGCGACGGAGGCGAUCCAGAGGACAGAGAUCUUGGAGUACUGCCAGAUGCUGGGCCGCCCCAAGGCCUUCAUCCCUUCCUUCCAGGUAUAUAAGCUCCUUUAUGCUUCCCGUUUGGCUGAUUACGGCCUCACGUCCCAGGCCCUGCAUUACUGUGAAGCAAUUGGCGCGGCCCUCCUUAGCCAGGGAGAGAGCAGCCACCCCGUGCUAUUAGGGGAACUCAUCAAGUUAUCGGAAAAACUGAAGCUGUCUGACCCUCUGUGGCUGGAAAGACGCCGCCGUGGAGACAGGGACCCCGAGCCUGAUUGGCUGGUGAAACUUCGGAGGCAGCACCAGGAGCUGGAGGUGAAAGAGCCGAAGGCUGCAGAAGACAUUGGUCAGCUCUAUUCUGCUGGGCCCAAUACUUGGGGAGCCCGAGGGACAGCAGGCACCCACCCUUCGGAACGGAGCCUGAACACAGCUGGAUCCCAGGAUCUGCUCGCGCAAGAAAAUGCUUACUACCAGAAUCCUUCUGGAUACCCAGCCUACUCAGAGCCCCUUGGGUACCAUUCAGGCCAGAGCCAGUCCAACCCCCAGCUGCCCCUUCCCUUGCAGCGGGGCUCCUACCCACUGGGAGGAGGUCCAGGGCAGAUGGGGGCACCAGUGCCUCUGUAUGGGGUGCCUGAGACCCACCCACCAGGGAUUGGCAGCGGCACAGCAGUGACAACAGCUCCUGGAGCCAGGGCCCAGGAGGAUGCCCUGCAGGCACACCCACCCCCUGGAGAGUCCACUGUGUCUCAAGAUCCCUUCCAGCACCUAGAGGAUCCCAAGGCCCCAGUGGCUCCCAGGGCACGGACCAAUUCGGAGAGCUCCACAGCUUCAGUCAAGGAGGCUGAGGUGUCCUCUGACGAGGAAGAUGGCACGUCUCCCCAAAAUAAUGCUCCGAGAGAAAAAGCAGGAAGUGUGAAAGCGAAUGCCAAGAGCUCACGAUUUGGAUGGUUCAGCUGGUUUCGUUCGAAACCUAGCAGUGCAUCGACCUCUGGAGAUGAAGACUCCGGCGACAGUCCUGACUCGGAGGAGACCCGCAGAGCAUCUUCUCCCCCACAAGCUGGCCCAAGCCUCUCCCUGAUGCUGCCCACUGGGCCCCAGCCUCUGCUGGGUCCCAGUGCCUUCUCCCCAAGCACAGAUAGUGGUGAAGUCCAAGGAUCUGUGCCCAGUGGGGGACCCACCGAAGGUACUGGGGUUGGAGGCCAGCAGGGGCUUCAGGGUGUUUCCUCUGAGCCUUACUUCAAUCCUGGUGCCCUGCUUCUUCCACCCAUCUUGAACGGGGCGGUUCCCCUGUACAAUCCAUCUCAGGUUCCUCAGCUCUCCAGGACCAUGGGCCAGAGUCGGCCCAACCGCCUUGCUCAGCGCCGCUAUCCAACCCAGCCCUGAUGAGACGGCUCACUCAUUCUAGGCUUGUGGUCUCCUUGGGAGGGUGACUUUCUUCAGGUUGAUCUCUGCCUCUCAGUCUCCCAGUCACUCUGCCACUGCCAGGGCCAGGCACGCCUCUUGCCUUCAUCGAACACUGAGAAGACAUGGAGAUGGGGUUGUCCAAGAUGCACUUCGGUUCAGCCUCUUCAGAGAUACUCUCGAACUGGGGACAUUAUUUUGCUGAGUGAGAAUGCGAGGUGAAUGAGCGGAUGGCAAGUGCACAGACUGCCAGGGGGGGAUGAUGGCCGGAUGUUCUCAGGAAGGAAUUCCCCUGCUGGAAUCAAUGCUGCCACCACUGGGCUCUGCAGCAGGAAAUGGUCAGGGGGGUGGGGAGAGGCUCAGAGCAAUCUUCUCUAUUAAUAUUGGCUUCUCCCUCUGUCUUUGUUGUAGUCUAGCAUGUCGCUCAAGCUAGCAAAGCGUUUGGAUGGAAACUUGAUGACUGCUUCCCUUCAUAUUCCCUCCUCAGUGAUAUCUCAACAGUCUCCACUUGGUCCUAGAUUUGUGCAUAUUUCCACUGUGGUUCCGAUUAAUUAUAUUACUCCCACUUUCUUUGCUGGUCCCCUUUCUGCCCACCCCAACCAUGUGCACAGUGCCCACCUCCCCACCCCCAUUCUGGCAUCUGGCUAUCAAGUUAGAUUGCUGUAGGCAUCAUAUUGUCAUGGUAACUACUGAGCCUAAUGAUGCAGAUGGAUGGAAUAUCAGUAUAAUAAAUGAUGGGAAAGGUUUCCUGAAAAUCCAUCUCUUCCAUAGCAGGGGAAAAAUGAGUGCCUGAUGUGAUUAAGUCCUCCCUUCCUACCCCAGGCCUUUGCAAAUGGAUGUUGGGAGGGUCACUGCAGCCAGACUGGGCAGGGGCCAUCUUGGAGAUUUCCAUUUCUUCUUUCAGACCCCAAACAGGAAGGACUUUUUCUGGUUGUCAGAUGUGUGCUGAAAAUGCUGCUCACAAAGAACCAUCUUUUUUGUAUGUGUAAUUGUACAUACAGGUUUUGUUCUUGAAUGUACUAUGGUUCUGCUGUUGAUAGCGAUUAAACCCAGAUAAUUUUAUAGCAAA